UCAGCAAUCUUACCCCUACACUACAGACGCAUCCAUAAUACGCCAUUCGUGGUGUCUGUCAGUCGGGAGAAGGGUGAAUACAAAUACUUUCAGAGCUUCAAACGCUUCAAACGUGGAGCCGAUGCAGCUCUGAAAUCAAUACAAAUGAUGAUUUCAUUCCUUCUUAUCACUGGUCCGUAGCUGGUCUUUUCACAUUGCGCCCAAUCGGAGCUGGGAAUGGGAGGAGAGACUUCAGAAGAGGGUUAGAUGAGAGGAGGAGGCGUUAGAUUUCAGUACCUCGGACAGCGACUGAUACCCCACUGCAGGAAGGCUGGGCUGGAAGAGGAAUUUAACGCACUGGAUCUUAAACACUGCUCGAAGACACAAUCAACUUCUCAAACUUCACAUUUGUGCGGCUUCUGAUUUUUUCCCCUUUGUCUUGAGGGUCGGAAUAAGCCUCCUGGGUCUUCAGCAGCAAGCUUAUGUGCCAUGUUUCCUUCCUCUAAUCGUUUUGAUGCAAAUAGAACAUAUCUGUCGGCACGUGGUUAAUUAUUAAAUAAGUUACAUAUUCGGGAGACGUUUUCUUUUAGUUAGGUUCAGAUAACCAUUGCAUGUCGAUGUGCAAUGCUUUUAGGGAGCUGCAUUAUCAUGCUGGAAAACAUGAAAUUCCCUAGAUUAGGCUUAACCCACCGUACAUUUUAACACAUCCAGUCAGUGUUUUGUUCGCAUUCGGUAUUCUUAGUUCACAUUUCAUUCUUAUUUUAAUUAUAGAUUACUUUCGUAAUUACGUCACAUAUAGCCUAAAGUAUUUGGUGGACAUAAGAUUUCUUAUCAAGAUGAAGUUCCUCUACGACUUUUUGAAUUGCACUUAGAAUUACAGGGGGAAGAGAGCGAGGAGCCGCAGACACGACAGCGUUCAGUUCCUGGGAGGGUUUUCCUGACUUCGCCUUCGUCUUUUUUUAUCAAUGCAAUUUCACUUGCCCCGGAAUCAAGUUUAAGCCAUCAUUAAUAUUCCCCCCACAUUAUCUCCAAAAUGAAGAAGUUUCGAAAGGUUCUGGACGGAUUGACAACAUCAUCUCCGGUCAAUAUCGGCGGCGCCCCGCUGUGUAGUAGCACGGCCGGUACCCCAACUGCGGCGCCGACUCCCAGAGAAAUCGAAGUAGUGGAAACGCUUGUUUCCGAAAACUUUCAGAUUUGCAAGACCGUCCGUCACGGAUUCCCACAUCAGCCAACAGCUCUGGCCUUCGACCCCGUUCAGAAGAUCAUAGCCAUCGGCUCUCGGACGGGAGGAGUGCGAAUAUUGGGACGACCAGGCGUGGACUGCUACUGCCAGCAUGACAGCGGAGCUGCUGUCCUUCAGCUACAGUUCCUCAUCAAUGAGGGGGCGCUGGUCACAGCUUGUGCAGAUGACACCCUGCACCUCUGGAACCUACGGCAGAAGCGUCCAGCUAUCCUGCACUCGCUCAAGUUCAACAGAGAGUGCAUCACGUUCUGCCACCUGCCGUUCCAGAGUAAAUGGCUGUAUGUGGGCACCGAACGCGGGAACACUCACAUCGUCAACAUCGAGUCCUUCGUCCUGUCUGGAUACGUCAUAAUGUGGAACAAGGCCAUAGAACUAUCAACCAAAACGCAUCCUGGACCAGUGGUUCACCUGAGUGACAGCCCACGUGAUGAGGGCAAGCUACUCAUCGGCUUCGAGAGCGGCACAGUGGUACAAUGGGAUCUCCGGGCCAAGAAAGCAGACUUCAGGAUCUAUUACGACGAGGCCAUCCACUCUGUCAGCUGGCACCACGAAGGCAAGCAGUUCAUGUGCAGCCACUCCGACGGCAGCCUGACCACGUGGAGCCUGAGGAACACUGCCAAGCCCUUCCAGCUCACCUUUCCCCACGGGAGGACCCAGCGGGACGGGAGGAAGCCAGAAUCCUGCAAACCGAUACUGAAGGUGGAGUACAAAACCACGAGGAACAGCGAGCCCUUCAUCAUAUUUUCCGGGGGGCUGUCCUACGACAAGGCCAACAGGAGGCCGACUCUCACCAUCAUGCACGGCAAGUCUAUCACGGCGCUGGAGAUGGACCACCCCAUCGUCGAGUUCCUGGUUCUGUGCGAGACCCCUUACUCCAACGAAGUCCAAGAACCCUACGCAGUGGCGGUAUUACUGGAAAAGGAUUUCAUUGUGGUGGAUCUGACACAGAGCAACUACCCCAUUUUCGAGAACCCCUACCCCAUGGACAUCCACGAGUCUCCUGUCACCUGCACGGCCUACUUCGCAGACUGCCCGCCUGAAAUUAUACCCGUCCUCUAUUCCAUAGGAGCCAAACACAAAAAGCAGGGCUACAGCCAUAAGGAGUGGCCAGUGAGUGGGGGCACGUGGACCCUGGGUGGUCAGACCUACCCAGAGAUCAUCAUCACAGGGCACGCAGAUGGAUCAAUAAAAUUUUGGGACGCAUCUGCCAUCACCCUGCAGAUGCUCUACAAGCUGAAGACGUCGAAGGUGUUCGAGAAGCCCAAGAUGGGGGACGGGCGGGUGGCGGAGCUGGUGGAGGAGGACCCCUUUGCCGUGCAGAUGGUCAGUUGGUGCCCCCAGAGCCGGCUAUUCUGCGUGGUGGGCAUCUCCGCCCACGUCAUCCUCUACCGCUUCAGCAGACACGACGCCACCACUGAAAUUACCGCUCUGGAGGUGCGCCUGCAGUGUGACGUAGAGGAGCCCAUCUCCCCGUCGGAGACGGAGGCCAACACGGGCCUCCUGGACGCCAGUCUACACUCCCCCCAGCACCCCCCUGGCAGUCCGGGUUCUGCUACCCCUGACAGCGUCAGAGACAGCAUCCCCUGCCUCAGGGUGAAGAACCGACCGAUUCGCAUGCCCCCAGGUUAUCAGGCCGACUUGGUGGUGCAGCUCCUCUGGGUGGAUGGGGAACCCCCACAGCAGAUCACCAGCCUCCACUUAAACUCCGCCUACAGCCUGCUGGCUCUGGGGAACUGCAAUGGCCUGGUCGUGGUGGACUACCUCCAGAAGAACGUCCUGCUGUGCAUGAGCACCCUGGAGCUGUACGGCUCAAACGACCCGUACCAGCGCCUGGCCCGCUCCCCGCGCAAGAGCAGGCAGUUCGCCGCAGGUUCUGGUUCUGGUGCUGGUGCUGGUGUUGGCUACUGUCCCACUUCUACUCCUCUCUCCACUCACUGUACAGACAACAUUUGCAUGCGCGGCCUGUCUAACUUUUAUUCAGAUUCAAAGAAAAGGAUUCGUACGUCUUACCAGAGCCUUACAGAACUGACAGACAACCAGGUGUCUUUGGAGCUUGACCGGAGCAGGUCGCCCACCUCAGGGCAUCGGCAAAAAGGUGACCAAAUGUCCACGGUCCCUUACCCAUCUCCCCCUCACAAUGACCACUGCAGCCUGCCCAAACCCACGGCCAAUCUGAAGGCAAACCACUGCAGUCCUAUCUUCUACUUGCUGGACAAUGUUAAGGGACCUGGCAGAAAGUUAAGUCUGCCGACAGAUCUUAAGACUGGUCUUGAUCAUGUCAAUGGACAUUGCACUAGCCCCACCUCUCAGCCCUACGGCGCCGGCAGGCCCAAGCUGAACCGGCGCGGGCCCAGCCGACCGCCCUUCCGAAAGGUCCAGUCAGCCGCAUGCAUGGAGGUCUCGUUGCCUGCUCCCCACACGGAAGGUUGUGCUUCCAGGCGGGCAAUGCUUCAGCAAUUGCACGGAUACAGUGUAUACUCGCAUGACGAGCAACACUCCACAGCGUACUCCUGGAAUGAGAGAGAAAGCCGGGAGAACUCCUUCAGCCGCUCACGCAGCUCCAGUGUCUCCAGCAUCGACCGCGAGACAAAGGAGGCAGUGACCGUGUUGCGAUUUAUGGAGUCCUACGCCCGCAAGGUGGAUGCUGUGCCCUCAGCCUGCCUGUGGGUGGGCACCAGCCUGGGGGUCGUGCUUGUCAUCGCGCUCUCCAUCCCCACUGAUGAAGAGGAACGCCUGGAGGAACCUGUGACAGUGAUGCCCAGCAGUACUGUGCUGACGAUAAAGGGAUCAGUGCUGACAUUUGGGUCUUUGGACUGCAACGGCUCCCUAGUCUCAAACCCCUAUGAGGUGUGGAGGGACCCUCACGCCCCCGAGGACCCUGAUUGCCCCCGCAGGCGCAAGCUCGUCAAUUUCUCGCCCUCGACGUCCCAGGAGAUGUCCGGGGAAGGACACCUGGCUGUGGUGUGCUCCGAGAAGCAGGCCAAGGUCUUCCUCAUGCCGGCACAGACCUGCCUCUACGUGCACCACAUCACGGAGUCCUCCUUCGUGUUGCGCGCCGACGUCGUCUCCGUCUACAACAGCGUCUGCCUGGCCUGUUUCUGUGCCAAUGGGCACGUCAUGAUGCUCAGUCUUCCCAGCCUCAGGCCCCUGCUGGACGUGAAUUUCCUGCCCCUGACGGACAUGCGCAUCGCUCGCACCUUCUGCUUCACUGAAGGCGGCCAGGCGCUCUACCUGAGCUCACCCACCGAGAUCCAGCGCAUGGCAUACAGCCAGGACAUGUGCGACAGCCUGCAGGAAAUGCUGGGGGAGCUGUUCACCCCGGUGGAGACCCCUGAGGCCCAGAAGGGCUUCCUGAAAGGAUUCUUCGGAGGAAACGCACAGACCUUUGACAGGGAGGAGCUCUUUGGAGAGGCCGCUGCGGGGAAAGCCUCCAGAAGCCUGGCCCAGCACAUCCCGGGCCAAGGUGGUCUGGAGGGAAUGAAGGCCGCAGCUGGAGGAGUGGUUGGGGACCUGGCCAGGGCCCGCAUGGCAGCUGAGGAGAGAGGCCAGAGGCUGGGAGAGCUGGAGGAGAGGACAGCGCUGAUGAUGUCCAGCGCGGAUAUGUUCUCCAGACAUGCUCAUGAGCUGAUGCUGAAGUACAAGGACAAGAAGUGGUACCAGUUUUAAAGCCCAGCAGGGCCAAGAGUUCUGUCACCACAGACAGGGGUGCAGGAAGAACAUGGAGCUGCCGUGAGAGCGAGAGAGCAAGGGAGUCGGAAAAAAGACUUCAUUUUAUAUUUGUGCGCUUCCUGGCUGCAAUAUUCCUCACCAGAAACCCGCAUUAGGAGCAGCUGAUGGUGGGAUGCUGUAGGUUGUGGUGGGAUGGAUACCGAGUGGUCAGGGACAGAGAGAAAUGCCCCCUCCCUUGCCCCCCUCCCCUCGUAUUUCUUUCCCAUGCUGGACUUCUGGCAACCUUCGUUUGGGGACCCCCUUCCCCAGACAAGACGCAAAACCACGCUGUGAGGAUACAUCCUAAAACUACAAUAAUACACACCGAUUGCAUGAAACAAAAACGGUUGAAUAAUACAACAUAAAACUGCCAUAAGAAAAGCAGCAUGUGACUUUAAAGAAAAAAGGUUUUAUUUAAUAUUAUAGGCCAAUUAAGGAAAAUAACAAAAACUUUAUAUUUUUGAGAUAGUAAAAAGAAAAAAAAAUCACUUAAAAAAAUGUGUACCUGCAUUGCUAAAAAGGCCAAAAUAUUCUGUUUUUUUCUUAUUUAAUGUAUUGGUUUAUAUUUUAGAAUACCUUCACAUACACUUCUCGCCGUAUUUCUAUCUACACAGCCCUUUAUUCCCCGCGGUUGAGCUAUGCUUUAAAAAAAAAUUAAAAUAAAUAUGGUUUCUUAUAAGAGCAGACCUGGGUUGGACAGAGAUGGUCAUUUGUAAACAGUCUAAUAAAACAGAGCUCUGCGUUUUCCAGGUAACAUGUGAAGGGAGACAUUCUUCGGGGCUUCAGCACCAUGCUACGUACCACACUCCUCAUUUGCGAGACACUGGCUGCUGCUAGAUUUUCCGAAAAUAACGAAAAAGAACUUCCCAGCCAAAAUGAAAGCAGAGAUGCCCAAAAGUGUCAAAACGCAAGCAUGUACCUGCGCCUCACAGACACACGCACACACAGUAAAAGCAAAUAUACAGAACAUAUAUCUUUAGGGGUAUAUGAUAUAAUGAGACAAUUAUUCUUCACAACUAACCAAAUAAUGAUUUAUUUCUUUUUCAGCAGCUGUAUGUCACAGCUCAUUAGCUUUUUUAUCGUUUCCUUGUGUUUUUUUUUUUAUUCUCUUGGCUCAUCAAACUGUUAUGCAUCCACAUUCAUUUGGUGACUCGCGGAUUUGCCUCCCAGCCGAUGUAUAGAUGCCAAAGCCACCUACCUUGAACUCUCAAUGCCAUCCAUACAGCUUUAUUGUUGCUGUGGACCUGUUGCUCUAAUAUGUCAAAGAGGGCAGCUUUUCUUUCUGCACACGGUGACUCAUCGUCAUGCACAGUCUGGUUAUGUAUCAAUAUGUAACGCUGCCAUAUGAGUCGAACACAGGUUGCCAUGUAAGACAAAUGACUAAACCUGAAACUGGUGUGACACAACAGUGUUAAUCAGAAAAAAGAGCAAAUUUCUGUGUCUAUGUUUUGUUUUAUCGUCAUCUUUUGAGACACCUUCUGUGGUUAAUGACAGUCAACAUCCAGUCAUAGACACUCAUAAUGGGAAAAAGAAAACCUUUAAAUGUAUAUGUGUGUACAUAGAAUCUUCUAUAUUAUAUGUCAUGUAUAUGUGGACCAGAUCAAUAUUGGGUCUCAAAUCCUAAGUGCGUCAUCCCAGCCCAGGAGUAAAAUGGACAGGAGUUCAUCAUAGAGUCACUUACAAAACAGUCAUCAACAGAUAAAUAUGGGUACGAUCUGUCUUAAAUCCUAUGGAUGAAUGUGCAUUUUUGUUCCUUUUUUUUUAAUAAGAUGGUUGAGGGUGUUUUCAGAAACAUUUCUGAUGGCAUGUUCAGGAUCGGAGUCGGUGAGGAUUUCCACCCCACGGUGCACUUUCCAAAGGAGGUAUUUCCUGAAAAACAUCAACAGGGCCAGCCAGCAUGAUCCCUCCGUUCAUUUUCCCAGACUCAAUGCAAUAAUUUGUGAUCGAAUUUCCAGUGGGAUAUAUGCUUUAUUUAUUUGUUUUUUGUUUUUUUUGUUUUUUUGAAAAAUAAAAAAAAUUCUGAUUAUUUACAAUCUGCUGUUGUCGAUAAGAACAGAUAUCAAAUGUGAAAUCAAUGAGAUUUGUGAAAACCGUGCGAGUAGCUUUAUAUGGCGAAAAAAAAACAAAAGAAUAAUAGGUACCUGUUUAGAUGAUGUAUUUCCGGUUUUGAUAUAACAAUGAACAUCUUGGCAAAAAGCUGAAAAGGAUUCUCUGUAACUGUUGUACCUGUCAAUCAAUUCUUUACUUAUAUUUUGGCUUUCCUGAGAUCAUUUAUCUGUGAAUUUCACAUUGUACUUUCUUUAUGAAAUAAUUACCUGAUUUGACCAAGAGUGGAAGCAAGGAGUGUCUUGUUUAAUUGGAUUCUAUCACCGUCUGUUCUUAUAGAUAUUAUAGUAGUAUAAUAGAGAUUAUUGGGGAAAAUGUUAAACUAAAAUAUGCUGAUGCAAAUCAAAGCAAAAUAAACAUUGAUUGAUGUACACACGA